CAUCAUCAUAAUUAUGUCGAUGGCAGCAGCAUCAACAUCAACUACAGAGUACCAUGAGGCCGCCCGUAAAGGGGAUAUGGCAACAGUGAAUGCUGCUACUGAUCCUGAGGUCUUCAAUAAGCUGGAUAAGUUCGGCCGAACUCCGAUGCACGUCGCUGUAGCUAACAAUCAAAUGACGUGUGCGUCGAUGAUGGCCGAAUGUGGUGCAGACUUGGACAUUCAAGAUAUCAAUGGUGACACGCCUUUGCACAUUGCUUGCCGAGGCAACCUUCGAAUGAUGGUUUCUAUGCUCCUAUGGGCCGGUUGUGAUCGCGAUAUCGUCAAUAAGAAAGGCGAUACUGCUCUUCACUUAGCAGCUAAGGGUGGCUACGAGGAUAUCGUAUGGUUACUCUGUGAGAAUGGUGCUGAGGCCAGCUAUACCAUCAAGAACAAUGAUGGCAAACUAGCAAUCGACUUGGCUCGUGAGGCCGGGCACCCUGAUACCGUGGAGUUGCUAGAGAAGGAGAUGGCGUCCGAUGGCAAACCGAUCGAGCACCAAUCUCACUGACUCCAAGGAGUAUGUUGAUCGUAAAUGAAUACAUCACUGUUUCUCCUC